AUGGCUGCCUUCUCUAAUACUGAGCCGAUGUACGACGACUUUGCCAAUCGUUCACCACGAUCUUUCCGCCAUCCAGCGAUGAAUCGCCAACCCGGAAGACCAGACGGCUUCUCAACCAUGCACGGUGGAUUCGGACUCGAGCAGACUCACGGUCUCAACUCUGCCCGCUUCGGCGGCAGACCUGAUCCUUUUGGCAGCAACUUUCAGCAGCCCCCUGCUGGCAACAUGUCCCACUUUCCCUAUGACAUGAAUGCGGCUCAAACCUGGAAUUCGCCCGCUCCUCCAUUGUCCUUUGGCACAAAUGGUAUGCCCGGCAUCGGUCAAAAUGGCGACCUAGGCCCAGCUCGUAGCGUCAAACCCAGCCGCGGCCGCGUUGGCAUCAACAAUAUCUGGUACGAUCAACUCCAGCCGCCUCAGCAGCCUGGCACGCCCUCGAUCAAUGCACCCCGUGGUGGACCCGGCCGUGAAAUUGACCUCGAUGACGAUGAAUUGAUCCCAACAGCCAUCGUCAUCAAGAACAUCCCUUUCGCCGUCAAGAAAGAGCAGCUCGUCCAGCUGAUGGUGGACAUGAAUCUGCCUCUGCCCUACGCUUUCAACUACCACUUCGACAAUGGCGUGUUCCGUGGGCUAGCAUUUGCCAACUUCACUUCGCCGCAGGAGACGGAGUCAGUCAUCAAUGCGCUGAAUCACAUGGAGCUGAGUGGUCGCAAGCUCAGAGUCGAGUACAAGAAAAUGUUGCCGUUGGUCGAACGAGAGCGCAUUGAACGCGAGAAACGCGAGCGACGUGGUCAGCUCGAGGAGCAGCAUCGUCCUCUUCCCCAGUCACAGCUCUCGACUCAGCUCUCCCUUGGGUCCAUGAACCGCAACACUCCAUCACCAUUGUCCUCUCGCUCCGCACCCAAGCCAGACGUGGACAUGAACGACCCGCGCACGCUUGAGCUUUACACAGAGAUGAUGAUCUUCCAGCGCGAUCAAAGCCGUGAAGUCCUGAUCUAUCCUGCCACUCUCGAGCCCCAGGAACGACGCACUGUGCACACCUUGGCACACAACAUGGGCUUGGCUCACACCUCGCGUGGCACAGGAGAUCAGCGGCAAGUACACAUCUACCGUGUUGCCCCCGGUAGCAACGUGAGCCCUCCGACUCUUUCUGGCGCUUUCCCUCAGGAGGGACUUCGCCAGACUCUAGGACGUUCUUCAACUGGUGAUGUUGCUAACGAACACCGCGCAUACGAAGCGAUGCCCUUCAACAAUCAAUCUAUCCUCCGUGGACAAUCUUCUGUUGGCCUGCUUGACGUUGACGGCGGCUACGGGCGCGGCGCCGAUAGCAACCUGCGAAACGCCAAGAGUUUUGCCGACCUGCGCUCGUGGAGUCCUUCGCCUGUGCCUUCGUCUGCAAGCUUCCCUGCUGCUCUGCAAACCAAUGGCGCUCGCUUACAGCAGCAGCAGCAGCACCAACAACAGCAGCAGCAGCAGGGCCUCAACGAUACCGCUGGCUCUAACACCCCUACUCUCACACCCACUGGUGCCCCGGCUGGCGGAAGGGACGAGCCUUUCCUCAUUUCCAGCAUGGGCAACAUGACGAUCGGGGGUCAGGCCCCCAACAACACCAGCCCUCGACGCCAGCGCAGCCUCUUUGCUGACUGGUCCGAAGGCUCUUCCAACUACCAAUCCAAUGCACCAAUUGGUAGCAAGCGCACCGUCAGUAUGGGACCAGAUAACCGAGAGUCGGUACCUAUCCGACAGUCUCGUGGUCCCACCUCGAACAACACGAUUGGAUUUGGACGACACCAAGGACGCGGGAGCGAUGAGCUUCGCAAGGCAGCAUCCGCGAUCGCAGAAUGA